AUGGGCAUGCUCGCAAACCAGAUGUACUUAUAUGGGCUCAGAGAUACGUUUGGGGUAGACACUGACCACAAACCCCUACUGCAUCUGUUUGCUAGACACAAAGUCACCAGGCCACUUAGAAUUGAAUGAAUGAGAGUUCACCUGCAGGGAUUUGAUUACAAGCUCAAUUAUGUACCUGGAAAGAAAGCAAAGGCGGAGACUAAUGAAGCAGAUUGCAACUCCAGGCACCCCGAACCACUUACAACGUUUGAUUCCAGGGCAGUACAACAGACAGAGUUCACUGUUCGUGAAGAAGAAGAAUUGUUUGAGAAGGACAUCAGGGCAGUGGUGCAAGCUACACUGCCAGAUGCAGUAUCAUGGGAUGAGCUGCUAGAGACGCGGAGCUCAAAGAGCUUAAGGGUGCGAUAGUGAGGGAGUACUUCACUGCACUAGAACGGCAAGCCCUUGGGCCCCUGUUUGACCCAGUCUUUACAGAGCUAGCGGUAGUAGGAGGAUUGGUUGUGUGAGGGUCUUGCAUAGUGUUGCCCAAGUCACUUCACGACAAAGUAGUGCGGCUCGCUUAUGAGGGACAUCAGGGGAUUACAAAAACAAAGGAAUAUCUCAGGACUAGGGUCUGGUUUCCAGGUUUGGACUGGAUGGUGGAAGCCCACAUUCAGCACUGCCACCCAUGUCAGGUAGUGACGCCAGCAAAUGAGCACGAGCCACUGCAGAUGUCACCAUUGCCGAGUGAACCCUGUAAGGAAGUGGCCACAGACUUCUGGGGACCCAUCAGCAGAGGUGAAUACCUUCUCCUUGUCAUAUGCAAACACUCACUGUGGGUUGAAGUAG